CUCCCGAAAUGCUGAGGGGACCGGGGUCCAUUGAGGGCAUGGGGAUCCCCCUGAAGCGCUGACGGGGUCGGAGGAGCUUGGGGAGAGCUCGGCAGCCCCUGAGCAGGGAGCUGUGCCGGGCGGGGCCGGGGUGUCCCACAGCAGCGUCCAGCCCGGUCCUGCGUGUUGAACUCCCCCGGCACAGCUGAGCCCAGCCCGCAGCUCUGGGUGCCCUGCCCUGGGCCAAGGAAAUGCCAUUAAAUCGUAGUGGUUUCACCUGAAGAAUCCCGUAGGGGUAGAUGGAGAGCGUUAAGAUCAAGAAUCCAUAACAGUGUGGGGUUUUCUUACCUAUACCUCAUCCUGACAACAAAUUGUUUGUGGAGCUGAGGAUUGAAGGAAAAAAAAAAAAAAGAAACUGAACUUGCAGCUGUAGGCUGAGCAACAAUUAAAGUGCUCAGGCAGGUUCUAGUCUUCAUGCAACAAAAUGAAGCCUUGUUAUACGGGUUGAAGUUAAGUGUAGCAUGAGCUGUCCUUAUUUAAAAAAAAAAAAAAAAAGUGCUCUUCCAAGGACUUAAAAUGUGGAUUCCUAAAGUGUAGAGAGGUGCUGCUGGAGUGAAAGAUGAGGCUGAAUGAGAGCCGGACAAGACCCUUCCAGGCUCCUGCCACUGUCCACACCUUCCCGGGCAGGCAGGUGUUUGUGUUCCCCAAUGGCCGCUCAGACUCGGAGGAGUCCUCGGAGGAGGAGCUCAACGUGAUGGAAUUGCGGCCCAGGGGCAAGGAGCAGCGGCAGAGCAGCGCCCGGGGCAGGCUGGGGGACGUGGUGCUGCUGGAGAGGGAGCUCACCGAGGAGGACAGCCUCAACAAGCUGGCCCUGCAGUACGGCUGCAAGGUUGCGGAUAUCAAACGCGUCAACAACUUCAUCCGGGAGCAGGACCUGUACGCGCUGAAGUCCAUCAAGAUCCCGGUGCGGCCGCACGGGCUGCUCACGGAGAGCGCCGGGGCCCUGUGGCCGCCCCCGGCGGGGCCCGCCCAGCCCGGCCUGACGCGCGUGGAGCCGCAGGAGCCCGAGCCCGGCGCGGGCGGCUCUGCCGGCGGCCAGCGUGUCAGUGAGUACUUCAGGGGCAUCGACCAGAGCAUCCAGGACGCCGUGCAGGUGGAGGUGCAGCUGAACGCGGAGUACGGCGGGGAGGGGCUGGAGAGGCCCCUGCCCGAGGCAGGGAAGCGAGACGCUGGUAACGGUGCGGACUGCGGAAUCCAGUGGUGGAACGCCGUGUUCAUUAUGCUCCUGAUAGGAAUCGUCCUGCCGGUGUUUUAUAUCAUCUAUUUUAGAACACAAGGCCUGGUGGCCCACACCUCUAACAUGACAAACUCAAAUGUUUCAACAGCUGGAUAGGAAGGGAAAUUACCACAAGGCUCAGUCGUAGGAAAAAAACCCUGAGGUGAAAGGGCAGCCCACCUCAACCUCUCCAGCAGUAUUGCCCUUAUGCUCGUGACUGACUCAAGUGCACCCAAGGGGAUACAACAAUACAGAUUAUUUUUAUUUUUAUAA